CUAAUCCCAGAGUGAACGCGGAGCUGCGACAGCGUCUGCCCCCACCGGCAACACAGCAACCCGGCAACUCAACCCAGCAACCCAUCAACUCAACCAGCAACUCAACACAGCAACCCAGCAACUCAACCCAGCAACCCAGCAACUCAGCACAGCAACCCAGCAACUCAACCAGCAACUCAACCCAGCAACCCAGCAACUCAACCAGCAACUCAACCCAGCAACCCAGAAACUCAACCAGCAACUCAACCCAGCAACCCAGCAACUCAACACAGCAACCUCUGUGUGCAGGGCGGAUGGAUGUGGAUGUCUCCCCCAGCCGAGGCCCCUCUCCCUGGGCAGAGGUGUGCGGAGACGUCCCUGGUGUUUCUGGGAGUCACCUGGUCAGCUCUCAUCAGGAAGUCGUGUUUGGACCAAUCACAGCGUCCGGUCGAGUUGAGACUUUUGAUCAAGACAAAAACGUCUCGUUUUUACUGAAGGAGCUCGAUAAUCUGAGAGAGAUCAACAAGAAGCUGCAGGAGGACCUGGUCCAGAAAGAGAUGGAGCUGCAGAGGAGAGAGGGGGAGGAGGAGCUGAGGGGGGAGAGGAGGGAGGCCCGCCACUGGGAGAGACCUGAAGCGGUGUUGGGCGAGCUGUUGGCGGCUCAGAAGGACAGAGAUCAGGCUUUGAUGUCACGACUCCUGCUGGCCAAUGAGGAGAGAGACGAGGCUCUGCUUCGCGCACGUCAACUGCAGCAGGCGGCCGAGUUGGAGAGUUUUCCCCUGGAGGACGCCGACAUGGACGUGAGCGAGCUGCUGCAGCGUGUCUGUGGCGCCGACUCGGUCCGGGACGUCCAGCAGUUCGGCUCGGUUCUGGUGCAGCGUCUACGCUCGGCGCUGCAGCGGAGGAGUGACAUCACCGCACAGGAGAUGAAGGCCGUGAUGGAGGAGAGAGACGGCUCCGUUACCAAGUGUAAACGUCUCGAACAGGAAGUGAUGCGGGAGAGAGAGCAGAGGGCGAGCGAGAUGGAGCUGCUGAGGCUUCAGAGAGAAAGGGGCGGAGCCAUGGAGGACCGACGGCGGCUGGAGGCGGAGCUACAGCUGCUACGAGCCAAUCACAGUGGCAGCGUCUCUCCAGCAGCUUCGUUAGUGGCCGCUAAUCAGACACCCCUCCAUGCUCCGCCCCCUGAGACUCCGCCCCUUCGUGCAGCGCCCCCAGAGACUCUGCCCCUGCAGGAACAGGUGCAGCAGCUGUGGAAGGAGAAGCAGAGCGUGGAGGCGGAGCUUCAGCGCUGUCAGGAGGCGGAGCGAGAGGCCAGCGAGAGAGUCCGCAGGUUGGAGCGUCUGGUGGAGGUUUUGAGGAAGAAAGUCGGGACAGGAAGUCUCCGCGCCGUCAUCUGAUCAGUUUGAUUCUGUUUCAUAAUGAUUUUACUCUUUAUAUUUAACAUUUAUUAUGUUUUCUUCUUCCUCCUUUCUCUAAACGUCUCUUUAAUAAAUCUGUAAAGUUUCUGUGUUCAGGUGUAAUUAUGUAACAUUUCUAAUAACAUGUUUCAGAUGUUUCUGAUUAAUAAAGGGUUAUUAAAUACU